AUGAGCUACAUGUCGGCUGAGUCGCCGAGACAAAGCGCCACGGAGCACUACGACGCGCUCGUGCAAGAGACGUCCAAGGCCGUGGGUCAGUUCAACCAAGUGACGCGCACGAUUGCUCAGAAGAUGACGCUGUUCGGGACCCCGCAGGACUCGCGGGUGAACCACCAGCAGCUCACGGAGCUCACGAAUCGCGGCAACAAACUCGUGGCGAGGAUCAAUAGGCGACUGGUGGAGCUCAACGAGGGGCUGAAGGGGGCCAAUGGACGCGCGCGGAAGAUGCAGGUGGCCAAGGUGUCGGGGGACUACAAGACGCAGCUCAGGAGCUUUGAAGAGACGUGUCAGCGACUGCUAGCAGCUGAACGGGCGGCUGUGUCGAACCUCCGUCGGUCGUCGCUCUCGUUUCGGUCGGAGGAUUAUGACAAACCCGCAGGGUUUGACGGGUACAAUGAGGAUCAGAUUUAUGCGCAAGCAAAUGUCGUGAGCUACAAUGAAGACGAUCUCGCACGACGGGAAGAAGAUAUUCUGAAGAUCAACCAGCAGCUGCAUGAGGUCAAUGCUGCGUACCAGGAGGUGGACGGGCUUGUGCAAGACCAAGGAGAGGUUGUCGUGGACAUUGAGGAGAAUACGAGCGCGGCACAGGAAAACACGCAGGGCGCGUUGAACAAUGUGCGGGAAGCGAACCGUAAGCGGCGAUGUUGUGAGUGUUCCCAGACAAAAUUGAUCUGCGUUGGUCUCUUUGCCCUCGUGGUGAUUGGCGCCAUCAUUGCAAUCAUUAUGGCAGUCAGAUAA